AUUGCUUGUACACUUUUGAUGUAUAAAUAGGCCUCAGCAGAAUGGUAGACACAUCAAACCAAAGGUUGCUCUUCCUCUCCUCCUCUCUCCAAGCACAAUACACAGAAAAGCUUUAAGAUCAGAUAUGGCUUUCCACCAAAGAUCAAUAAGUUUGCCUUCUAGGCCUCACAUCAGUGAGACCGAAGUCGAGCAAGAGCUGCAGAUCCUAGAGACAAGCAUCUCUUCCUCCAUUACCAUUGGCACAAUGUGCGAUGCUCUUAGGAGACUUGUAAAAAUCUACAAUGGCGUUGAAGAGAUUAUUUGCCUGCCAAGCAACCAAGUUUGCUCCGUCCAGCAGAGGAAGAUGUUGGAUGGUGAAAUGGAAGGUUCUCUUGACCUGCUGGAUCUCUGCAGCAUCAUGCAAGAGAUCUUCGUCGAGAUGAAGGCAAUCAUCCAAGAUCUGCAAGUGGCUCUGAGGAAAGGAAAUGACACAGCUGUGCAAGCCAAGAUCCAGUCUUACGUUUCAUUGGCGAAGAAGGUGAAGAAACAUUUCAAGAAGACCACAAAGAAGGCUAUUUCUGAUAAAGAGUGCACGAUGGUCAUGCUGUUGACCAAGGCUAGAGAGGUUUCCAUCUCUCUGCUGGAGUCCACACUCCAUCAGUUGCUCAAGAAAAUCGAAAUGCCAAAACAGUCUCUUGUCUCAAAGGCAUUCCACAAGAAGAAGGCAGUUGUUUGUGAGGAGCAAUUGCAGGAGUUAGAGUCCAGUAUUGGAGAUCUUGAGGAUGGAGCAGCACAUCUGUUCAGGAAAUUACUCCAGAGCAGAGUUUCUCUCCUAAACAUCCUUAGUUCAUAGAUACUCCAUGUCACUCUUCACGACCUGCGAUUGGCAUCCGCCUUUUUGAGGAUUAGCUGAUCUUGAUACAAUGUGAACAUAUGUAUAUACAAACAGAUGUACAGAAAUUUAUAGAAACAAAGACCAAAGUUUUGAUCUAUUUCA